CAUCUGCACAAGCACAAGCUAGAGAACAGAGGACAAACCACCACAUCCAAUUCGCGACGACACAGAGGAAAGAAAAGAAGAUGUCCAUGGCUGUGAGCAAGCAAUGGACGCGGCUGCGCACGCUGGGCCGCGGCGCGUCAGGCGCGGAGGUGUUCCUGGCGGCGGACGACGUGUCCGGCGAGCUGUUCGCGGUCAAGUCCGUGUGCGCGUCCGGCGCCGCGGCGCUGAGGAGGGAGCAGGCGGUGAUGGCCGGGCUGCGCUCCCCGCGCGUCGUGUCCUGCAUCGGCGGCCAAGCCGGGCGCGACGGGUCCUACCAGCUCUUCCUCGAGUUCGCACCGGGCGGCUCGAUCGCCGAAGAAAUCGCUCGCACCGGUGGCCUUGACGAACACACCGUCCGGGCGUACGCGGCGGACGUUGGCAGAGGCCUCGCCUACCUGCAUGGCCAGUCCAUGGUGCACGGGGAUGUCAAGGCGAGGAACGUCGUGAUCGGCGCGGACGGCCGUGCCAAGCUCGCUGACUUCGGGUGCGCAAGGAAGGCUGGCUGUGGCCCGAUCAUCGGCGGCACUCCUGCGUUCAUGGCGCCGGAAGUUGCGCGCGGGGAGGAGCAGGGCCCGGCGGCCGACGUGUGGGCUCUGGGCUGCACGGUUGUCGAGAUGGCCACCGGCCGGCCCCCGUGGAGCCGCAUGGCCGGCGACGGGCUCGCGGCGAUGCACCGGAUAGGAUACACUGAUGCCGUGCCCGAGGUGCCACAGUGGCUGUCCGCGGAUGCCAAGGAUUUCCUGGGAUUGUGCCUGGUCAGGCAGGCCGGUGACCGUUGCACGGCGGCGCAGCUGCUUGAGCACCCGUUCUUGGCUUGCGCCGGCGUCAACACGAAGCUGGAAGAAGAAGUGAAUAACAAGUGGGUGUCGCCGAAGAGCACGCUGGAGGCUGCGUUCUGGGAGUCAGAGUCCGACAGCGAGGACGAGCUGGCAGUGCCUGAAAGCUCGGCGGAGAGGAUCAAGGCAUUGGCCAGCCUCACCUCGUCGCUCCCGGACUGGGACUCGGACGAGGGCUGGAUCGACGUGCUAUCCGCAUCGCCAACGGAAGCACAAGUAGUCGCAGUUGCCAUGCCGGCCGUGGAGACGACCAACCUGGACGACUCGAUCAUCAGCCAAGAACCAAGCAUUGCCAUAGCAGAGUGCGGCAGCGCUCUCGACAUUGCAUUGGAUUACAGCAGCGAUGGCGGCGCCCUCAACGCGGGAGAAGCCCAUCAUAGUUCAGUCGAGGGCAGUAGGGAUCAUCAGUUUUUAGAAAUUUCGGUUAACCACGAGUUAGCAGCAUGUAAAUUACAGUUUUGCAGCAGAGAAAGCAUUAAUAAUGAAGUAGAUUUCGUUGUCGCACACGAUCAUGCUCUGUUUUUUACUGCUCCUCUAGACGUUCCUGGGCUCACGCUUCUUCUCGUCCCCAUUGCGACACGUUCGAUUAGCAAAUUCUGA